AUGUGGGUCACGACGUCGCCGUACGUCGGACCUCGAAGUGUAACAUGCGCAGACAAGAGGACAGACUGACAUAACGCAACAAAACCUGCCAGCUGAGAUACGAAGCGAUGAGAAGUUUGAUCUCUGAUUCAGGGGGGGAAAAAAGCAGUUUGGAUAUUUAUCUAUGGGUGAGACUUAGUCCGCCGAGGGCAGCCUAAACUUCGGUCUGGUCGAAACAAGAUGAUAAAGAACUGGGGUGUCAUUGGCGGGAUAGCUGCUGCGAUCGCGGCUGGAGUUUACGUUCUGUGGGGCCCAAUUACAGAGAGGAAGAAGAGAAAGAGAGGUAUGGUUCCCGGUUUGUUGAAUUUAGGCAACACCUGCUUCCUGAACUCGUUGCUUCAGGGGCUGGCAUCGUGUCCGUCCUUCAUCAGAUGGCUGGAGAAGUUUUCAGGUUCGCCCGCUGUCCAGUCGUGCAAAGACAACCAGCUGUCUACGACACUGCUUCAGCUUCUCAAAGCUCUGUCCAGUGACGACCCUGGGGAGGAAGAUGUCCUGGAUGCCGGAUGCCUCCUGGAUGUUCUCAGACUGUACAGGUGGCACAUCAGUUCAUUUGAAGAGCAGGACGCACAUGAACUUUUUCACGUCCUGACAUCUUCUCUGGAAGAGGAGCGGGACCAUCAACCCAAAGUCACUCACUUAUUUGACAUGCAGUCACUAGAGAGUCUCCCUGAUCAAGUUGAGAAAACUAUGACCUGCAGAAGUCGAGCUCCUCUACAUCCAAUACCAAGUCCUUGGAAGUUUCAGCAUCCUUUUCACGGCCGUUUAACAAGCAACAUGUCAUGCAAGCGAUGCGAACAACAGAGUCCAGUGCGGUAUGACUCAUUUGAGAGCCUUUCCUUGUCCAUCCCUUUACCUCAGUGGGGUCGUCCCAUGUCUCUAGAUCAGUGUCUUCAGCAUUUCAUCUCCUCAGAAACCAUCAAAGAAGUAGAGUGUGAAAACUGCACCAAGCUUCAACAAGGGACCACAGUAAAUGGGCAACUUAUGCAAAGCCAGAGGACGACAUUUGUUAAACAGCUAAAACUGGGAAAGCUCCCCCAGUGCCUCUGCAUCCACCUACAAAGACUGACGUGGUCCAGCGAAGGAACCCCCAUCAAGCGACAGGAGCACGUGCAGUUCACAGAGUAUCUGUCAAUGGACCGCUACAAACACAAUUCAUCCGCACAGAGAAGUCAGCGGGUCAAAUGUGCUCCAAGUCCAAUAAGGCCAGAAAACUCAGAUGAUUCCACAGCAAAGCCAAUUGCUAAUGGCACUGAUGCAGAACAUCGCAACAACAACAACAAACCUUUCUCCAACGGGACAUGUUCGUCUGUAUUCCUUCACUCUCCUGGUGUUGGCCCACAGCUCGGCCUCACGUACGACUACAGCUCUGCAGAGUACCUUUUCCAGCUCACGGCUGUGCUGGUUCACCACGGUGACAUGCACUCAGGACAUUUCGUCACGUACCGCCGCAGCCCUUCCUCGCCUCCCUCAACCUUCAGCUCGCAGUGGCUGUGGGUGUCGGACGACUCGGUGCGAAAAGCCAGCCUGCACGAGGUGCUGUCUUCCAACGCGUACAUGCUCUUCUACGAGAGAGUCCGAAGACCGAACCUCGCUCUGCGCUCGGAGGAGUGACCAGAAGCUUCCGGCAUCACAGCCUGACUGACUUCAGCCUCUCCAGUCAGACUGUCACAGCUGUACGUCAGUUACCAACAGCUGGAUUCUAACAUUGUGACGACGACUACAGUGACUGUAGAGAUGAAGAUGCAUCAUGGAGCAUGAUGAACGUCAUCACGGUCUCAUAUUAAAUCCAUGAGUGGACUCUUUCUCCAAUCCAGAGCAGGAGGCCGUCGAUCCCAAAGAUUACAGACCUAAAGGACGCGUAGACGAAAAUCACUGAUCAUAUAAACAACUUCUCUUUGACCGGUGUAACAGUUUCUGUUGGGAAACAUUUUGGCUUCGAUUGGACAAAAAACGGGAACACCUGACAGUAAAGUGCACUCUGAGGUAGUAGCUUUGCAAUAUAUCUUGUCCAUACAUGAAGCUUAUAAUGUUUUUGUGGAGGCUGUCAGAGGUGUCGACUCAAUUCUUUGGCAUUUUUAACGAUGCUGUAGUUUCUGGUGUUUAAUUUGUAAUGCAGUAUACAUGAAGGUGUUCCUGUUAAUUUGUCCCCUGCCUGUUCAGACACAGACAGAAGUAGAUGAUUAGGAAUUCUUGGACAUGUUACUUAGACGUUGUUACAUGGUAUUAAAAAGAAAAACAGUCAACUAGGUAGAAUUUGUCCUCGACUCUGGUUCUCUAUCACCUAAUCUGAUUUGUCCGAUCAUUCCCAGAAGUGUCCGUAGACUGUACUGGAAACCAUGUAUAAUCGACGUUCAUAAGCAGUUGAAUUUGAUAUUUUUCUAUGUUUCCAAUAAUCCUUACACUGUCGUGAUGAUUUCCAGAGCUGCACAGUGGAGGUCCAAGUGCCAUGUUGUCUUUUUAACACGUGAAGCCAUGUGUGCUCCGAUUAAUGUGAACAUACGCUACGAUGCAUCCGAGCCGUUCGGCCCGGUGUUGAACAGAUUAAUAAUGAUCCUCUCUCAGUUAUUAAAGCCACAGAAUGACUGCAGGUUUUUUUCGGGCAAGUUAUCCUGAAUAUUUUUUUGAUUCUUCUGAAAACAGAUAACUGCCACUUUUGCUCCAACCAAAACAACCACAUCACCUUGAAGAAAUUUGGCCUGGUGCAGAACUCCUCGUUAAUGUUUGCGAUUUUUGCACUAAUGUACAGUAUAUUCAUGUGAGACUGUGUGUGUUUGUGUGCACUCUGUUAAGGUGAUUGUUUUCAGGUUUUAAAAAAAAUAAUAAUAAAAAUAAAACAAAUGUGCAAGUUAA